CACACACCAUCCUCCCCCACCAUAACACCCAUACCCACCUACCCAUUACCCCGUAGAACCUCCCCCACCCCCCACAAUGACCUAGGGCGCCAUCAAAAAGUCCAAACCCACUUCCAAAAAACCCUCCUAAAAAGUGCAGCGUGGCUCCCGCAUCAUCAAGCCGAAAAAGCAUCCCUCAUCUCGCAAAACAAAAUCAAGCAUAAGCGCACCAAGGGGCUGACGGGCAAGACGGAGAAAAUGCUCGCGGCGAAGGCGGGGCAUUUGGAGAUGUUGAAGGGCGGGAAGAGGGAGAAGAGGAUUGAGAAGGAGGGGGUGAAGAAGGCUUGAUCUGAGGAUUUUGACGUUAUAUGGGAGGUUGAGGAAAGGGUUGCUUGGAGAAAAUACGGGUGGGUUGCACUCGUCGGUAUGCGCGAGAGGGACGAGAUAUCACGAUGGCAAUUUUAGAGAGGGGAUGAGGAGGGAGCGAUUGCUACGCGCGAGAUGGUUAGGAGGGCGAACGCGGGAGGUUCACUGAACAGGAAGGCUUGGAGCGAACAAUCCAUAAGAGAGGAACGGCAUUCGAGCGGAAUGUUCUCCAAUGA